AUGGAUUGCAUUCUUUCGCUUUUAUUCGUUUCGUAUAUUCCUCUUUGCUUAUCUGUUGGUAUUUAUCAACAAUGUGGUGGAGAAGGCUAUAGAGGAUCAACCACGUGCGAUUGGCCUUUGAAAUGCUUCCGUCGAUCUCAUUGGUUCUCUUCAUGUCAAACCAGCUGUCCAGGUGGUGAUUGGCAAUGCGUAACUGAAACAAGUUCUUCAACAGGCUUUGGUCUUGCCAAGGCGUGGGAUCAAUGCGGAGGCGAAGGAUGGAAAGGACCACGAAAUUGUGCGCAAUAUCCUUGUCAAUGGCGUUCCAAAUGGUAUGCUCAAUGUCGACCCGAUUGUCCAGCUAGAUGGAUGUGUCAAACAGGUGCAAGUUCGACAGUGCCCUCCACUACACAAACAACUACGGAAUCCAACCUCGUAACUCAUCAACUUCCAUCACAAAGCUCCUCCGAAGAAACUGGUUCAUCGCUGGAGAUUAUUGAUGGUUUGGAUACAGCCACGCCCGAUCUCAUAUGGGAAACUUCAUCUGAAUACGGCGAUUUAUUAGCUGAAAUCACUGAUGACAUGGCAUCGAACUUUUCUAUUGGCGAAUCUGAAGUCAGUUUUGGUCGUCAUAUUGCUGCUCAAAUGCUGGGUAGUGCUGUUUACGACCACGAUAUUCAUCCUCUCGAACUGAUUGAAAGUCGCGAUCCGUAUGAUAUAGUAGUCGAACACAUAAUCAAUCUCGCUGAAGAACAAGAACCCGGUAUAAUGGCACGAUUUGGUGCUGCUCUUCUUGUCGAGAGCGUCGAGGAACGUAUUGAAGCAUGGGAGAAUAUGCGUGAGCGACUGGAUGCAAUCUCCGAAAGUCCUGAACUCAUUUCAGUUCUGCUACAAGAUCCCUUACUAAUUAAUUAUCUACCAUCAGACAAUCUCUCAGAAGAUCUGCGCAGCAGAAGUGUCAACACACGUACGAGUAACAAUGUGUGUUAUCCAGAAAUUCCCAAUAUCGGUAAAGUGAACGGUUUAUACGGUGAUGGCAAGCCAACUGUCCCUGAUGCAGACGAUAUAUUGAUUGGUGUUUCGCUGGUCGUGACUAGAUGGGAGGCAGUCAAAGAUCUCAUCAUUAAAAGAGCUGCUGUUCUAGAACGCGUUGAAACUGGAAAGGUAAGAGUUGAUCCAGAAUCGCGACUUGGUGCAUAUUACGCCACUCGUGAUAAUAAGUACUGUACAGUUGGCCAUUCGGUACAUACGCUGAUCGGUGCUCUCUACCUAGUACUAGGUGAAGCUGGUGAGGAAAAAAUUGGUCGCGUCUUUAAUCAUCCACUUGUCAAGCAGCUCUACUCCGACUCGAUCACGUCCUCUUCCAAUAAAUGUAUGGGUGACGUUGAAGAACGCUACUGGCAGAAUGUAAAAAAGGAAGACAAGCAUUCAUUUGGUGGACGUGUAGGUUCAUGGUUUACACCUGAUGAUCGUGAAAAAAUACAAAGUCGUGUCGGUUUGCGUUUUUGUGAUGUUGUUCUGGAAGAUCUCUAUCUCAAGCCUGAUAUUCUCACUGAGUUCAACCUUCCGGUUACGAUCAAGAAGGGUUAUCUUCAAAAAUUAUCUCUUCAUAUAUCAUGGAAACAUUUCUAUGCGCAUCCGAUCAGAAUCAAUAUCGAUGGAUUAUAUGUCCUUGCUGAACUCAAGACAGAUGUGAAAUAUAAUGCAGAACAGGAAGAAAAAAAGCAAUACAAGGCGAAAAUGAAAGAAGUACAUAAAGUAGAAGAGUUUCGUAAAGCACAGGAAGAAUUCGAACGAGCAAAACGAUUACCGAAAGAUCAGAAUACAUACCUCGAACGUUUACGAUUACAUCUUAUGCGUCACCUUGAAAUAUCCAUAAGCAAUAUUCACCUUGCUUUUGAAGAUGCGAAAACAAAAGUUGAGCAUCCAUUCACAUUUGGCAUUACGUUGAAUUAUAUUAAAUUUCAUACAACGAAUGAGGAGUGGGAGCAGAUCUCAUCAUCUUCCGAUGAUUCAGCGAUUGUUUACAAAUUCGGCGAAUUGAAUGCUCUGUCGAUCUACUGGAAUUCAAAUAUCAAAUCAAAAUUAUCGGAAGAAAAUCUUAUUGAUGAGUUGCAUGCAAAGAUUAUGAGAAAUGAUGGAGAAGUCAUUGAAAACAUGUCUUAUGUUUUACAGCCGCUAAAUAUUGAAACGAAGUUACAAAUUGCAUCGAUACCAAGUGAACAAGCGUAUGUGCAGCCUGUUCUCGAUGUUCAAAUUGAUUUCGGAAAGUCUUAUUUCAACAUCAACCGUAAUCAGUAUAUCGAUCUUCUCGACCUUUUCGAACAUUGGGACUAUAUCACAUUACAAUCGAAAUACAUAAAAUACUAUGAAACGGUCGAGUCAAACAAUCCAAAGAUAAAACGUUGGAAGUUUGCCUAUGCCGCAAUUCUCAACGAAGUUGUUCGGCCGCGUUUAUCAUACCAUCAGUGGGAAAAUAUGCGAGAAAAUCUCAAUCGCUGUCGCGAAUACAACGCUCUUUAUCUAAAAAAGAAGACCUAUCAAGCAACAAAACAGGAAAAAGAACGCAUGCAUGAGUUGGAAAAACUGCUUGAUGCUCUGAAUUUAGUUUUUAUUCGGCGAAAUAUUGAUCUUGAGAUCAAAAAGAAAAAAGUUGAGCAAAAACAUAAGUCGACAUGGGAAUGGCUGUCUACGUGGUGGAAUAAUGCAUCAAACAACGGCAAUUUCGGUUUAGAUCAAGAAGAUGUGAUUACCGUUGACGAGGAGGUAAACUUGUACAGUUCUAUUCACGACAAAGAUACUUCGCAAUCGCCAACUUGCUCAGAAGAGGUCUCAAUUCGGCUGGAUCUACUCCAGAUCAACAUUUGGUCGAUUUUGAAUGAAAAUGAUUCGCAAUUUGCUCGCAUUACGCAGAUUGAUGUAUUGAAUACGAAUGUACAAUACCAGAGACGUCCAGCAACUUCCGCUUUUCUGACUAUCGUCGAUAUUGAUCUACUGGAAGUUUAUGGUGUUCAAACGGACGAUCCUACUCCGAAAUUACUUCAAUUGCCGAACAAGUCGCAAAAAGUAGUCCACAUUGAAUUUGAAACAGAUAUAGCUAAAACAAAUAUUGAUUAUCGAGUUCAUGCUAAGUCACCAACGAUUGGCAUCGUUUAUGAUGCAAUGACUAUGAAUAGUCUCGUGGAUUGUUUUUAUCCAGGUGUUUAUCGUGACUUAAAAGGAGUUAAGAAGAAAAUCUAUUCAAUGUACAUGGAUAUUCGACAUCGAAUGCGAUUCCUAUUUGAUUAUAAUAUUCGAAAUAUAAAAAAUUUGGAUAUUGAUAUUGAUCUUCAAUCGAUUUAUUUCAUUUUACCUGAAAAUGGUGUUUAUCGAUCGGCUGAUUGUUCAUUGGCUUGUUUCGACUUCGGACAUUUAAAGAUGCAAGGUGGCCGUGAGGAAACGACAGAUCAUAUCGACGAGGAAACAUUCGAAGAUGCUCAAAGCCAUCUGGAUAUUCUUGAUUCCUCUUACGUUCCCAUAAAAGUUCAAUUGGAAGAUAUUCGAUUCUUUUAUUCUCAAUCCAGUACGGUAAAACUUUUAGUCGUUCAGUAUUUUAUGAACUAUCGGCAUCUAGAUGAAGAUUGGGGAAAUCUUCAAUGUGAUCGAAAUUCUCCAAUAUAUCUGAUUCAACCGUAUACCAUCAACGUGGAUAUUAACAAAUGUAUCUACGUCAAUGAUCCUGUUCUACCACUUUGGAAAAUCAACGUCAAUGUUUCGUCUAUAAAUUCUCGUUUGUCGGAUGAACGUAUUUUCGGCAUAAUGAAACUGAUUCGUUCGAUUCCAUUGCCGCAAUUGGAAAACACGCCGAGAGAGAAAUAUACUAUCGAAGAAUUAUUCGUCAUCGAAGACACGCAGCCGGAAAAAAAUACGAAGAAACUCUUUCAAACGGUUGAAAACAUGGCAAGAUUGAAAAAGAAACUACAAAACGACGAUUUGGAUGCACAACCAACGGAAGUCGAUGGUACUUUAAAUAUCCCCUAUAUUGAUAUUCUCUUUCAAGAAUCGACUUCUGAUCAAAUUCAACCAUUCGUUCGCUUUUCAUUCAUAUCGCUCACUGCUCAAACAACAGUCAAAACAUUCCAUAUCGAUUUACAAGCCUCUCUAGCAGACUUUCUCGUCACUCACGAACAGUUUCUCACUUCGACCAACGAACCACUUCGUUUACUCUCCACUGCAGAUAAAAAUCAUCUACUCAACAUGAAAUGUUUGCUUACUUCGCCGGAAAAUCCAUCAUUCUAUUCCGCUCCUUACAACCGAAUUGAAAAUAAAGUUCACGUACAACUCAGCAAGCCUCUUGCUACGUUACAAAUCGAAGCACUGGCAUCAAUUGUCCGCUUUCAAAAUCAUCUGCUGUAUAAAAUAUCGAAAUUACCAUUGCAAAAGAACAUGCCGUCAAACGAUGAAGCAACGACCGACAACGGGAAAUAUUACAAAAAGCGGCCUACGUCAAAAUUCGAGAUUCGCCUCGAUCAAUUUCGCAUCAUCAUCGGCACCGAGUUCUCGCAACUACUCGAUAUUCACUUUUGUGGAUUCUCCCUCGACAUAACUCAAACGAUUAAAAAGUUCGCAAUGAAGCUCGUUCUUACCGAUCUUCACAUACACGAUCUACAUGCUCAAACUCAAUAUCGCAACACCAUGGUCCAAGAAAGUCCGGACAUACAAGUUUUGUAUCUCGAUUUCAUUGCGUACAAUCAUCCGAAAAUUUUCAAGAGAAAACUGCAUGAUGUUGAUUACAAUAUCAAAUUAUAUUUGAACAAAAUGCGUCUCGUCUUGUUGUAUAAAUAUAUUGACAUAAUUCUGAAUGCGUGGGGCGCAUUUCAACCGAAACGAGCCAAUGUUUCUCCCACCGUACCGAACACAUUCGAAGAUAUGAUUGACAAAUGUCAAAGGCAAAAUUUGAGAAUCUGCUUCGAUGUUAUUCUCAAUGCGCCGACAAUUUUCCUUCCAGUGGAUACUCACUCCAGAGAAGGAAUUUUCAUUGAUCUUGGUGAAUUGACGUUACAAACGAAGUCUUAG